AGCCCCUCCCUUUCCGUCUCUGCUCGCCUCUCUCCUCUUCAGUCUUGCCUGCCUGUCAGAAAGGUGCUCCAGUGUUGGAGGCUAGGCUACCCUCCUCUCGGACCCCGUACGAGAGCCAAGCCGCCGUCGUACCCCAAGGCUCGGGCUCCCCCCCGUCUGCUCACGGCUCCGACCAUGGCAACCACCGCUACUUCCACCCGGUUCACUGACGAGUACCAGCUGUACGAGGAGCUCGGGAAGGGAGCUUUUUCAGUGGUGCGUAGGUGUGUAAAGAAGUCAUCAGGACAGGAAUAUGCUGCAAAAAUCAUCAACACUAAGAAGCUGUCUGCAAGAGACCAUCAGAAGCUUGAGAGAGAGGCCCGUAUCUGCCGUCUCCUGAAGCACCCCAACAUCGUGAGACUCCAUGACAGCAUUUCAGAGGAAGGUUUUCAUUACCUAGUCUUUGACCUCGUGACGGGAGGAGAGCUUUUUGAAGACAUUGUAGCCAGGGAGUACUACAGUGAGGCCGAUGCCAGUCAUUGCAUUAGUCAGAUCUUGGAGAGUGUCAAUCAUAUCCACCAGCAUGAUAUUGUGCACAGAGACCUCAAGCCUGAGAACCUGUUGUUGGCCAGUAAGAUGAAGGGAGCUGCAGUGAAGCUGGCAGACUUUGGCCUUGCUAUUGAAGUGCAGGGAGACCAGCAGGCUUGGUUUGGGUUUGCGGGCACUCCUGGCUAUCUCUCCCCUGAGGUCCUGAGGAAGGACCCCUACGGCAAGCCAGUGGACAUAUGGGCUUGUGGUGUUAUUCUCUAUAUCUUGUUAGUGGGGUAUCCUCCGUUCUGGGAUGAAGAUCAACACAAACUUUAUCAGCAGAUCAAAGCUGGAGCAUACGAUUUCCCGUCCCCAGAGUGGGACACAGUGACUCCAGAGGCAAAGAACCUGAUCAACCAGAUGCUGACUAUUAACCCAGCCAAGAGAAUCACUGCCGAACAGGCCCUCAAACACCCAUGGGUCUGCCACCGUUCUACAGUGGCAUCCAUGAUGCACAGACAGGAAACUGUCGAAUGUCUCCGCAAGUUCAACGCUCGCCGAAAACUCAAGGGAGCCAUUCUCACCACCAUGCUGGUGUCCAGAAACUUCUCAGUGGGCCGGCAGCAUACCAACUCUGCUGCUGCCGCCUCCUCCACGGCCUCACUGGCUCAGGAAGCAUGCAAAAGUUUACUCAACAAGAAGUCAGAUUCUGCUAAGCCUUCUACCAACAACAGUAAGAACAGUAUAGUGAGCGCCAUCAAUGCCCUGAAAGACACCAACAUGGCAACCAACGCCCAGAUGGAAUCUCAGAGCACAGUGGUGCACAACCCUCCCGAUGGAGUCAAGGGAUCCACGGAGAGCAACGCCACCAACGACGAGGAGGAAAUGAAAGCGGACAGUUCGGCGCUGAGUCAGAGCAGCGCCACCGAGGAGAUGCCCCCACUUCUGCCCUCACCUCAAAGCUCACCUGCCAUUCCACCGCAUGACGUAAAGCGCAUGGCAUGGAACAGCACGGGCAACAGCUCCUGCCCCGACUCUGAGCUCUCACAGUCCUCCAUGCCUGCCGCUCCAAUAGGGAGCAACACUGCUAAAAGCAACACUAAGCAGACUCGUAAACAGGAGAUUAUCAAGAUAACGGAGCAGCUGAUCGAAGCGAUCAACAAUGGAGAUUUCGAUGCCUACACGAGGAUUUGUGAUCCUGGACUCACCUCUUUUGAACCCGAGGCUCUGGGGAACCUGGUGGAGGGGAUGGACUUCCACAAGUUCUACUUUGAAAACUUGCUGAGCAAGAACAGCAAGCCCGUGCACACCACCCUGCUCAACCCGCACGUGCACCUGAUCGGCGAGGACGCCGCAUGCAUCGCCUACAUCCGGCUCACACAGUUUGUGGACUCCACGGGCCGCCCUCGUUCCAGCCAAUCAGAGGAGACCAGGGUGUGGCAUCGUCGCGAUGGCAAGUGGCUCAACGUUCACUUCCACUGCUCAGGAGCGCCUGCUGCACCACUACAGUGAUCAGUGGUCCUGAGCCUCCAGUCUACUGGAGUGUGUGUUUUGGGGGGCAGUUUUUUCAGCGAGCGUGUUUAAGAGGUCCGUCCUCUGCGUGGAUUGGCUAGUGCCAGGAGCCCGGCCGGGCGAGAUCGCAUCCCUCUCCACGAUACCAACCAAUCCUGUCCCUCCUUUGACCUGCUGGGGGCCGGCUGAACACAAGACUCCGCCCCCAUGGGAUGAUGCAUGCAUCUGGCGCCUGAUUGGAGGGCGCGUCUUUGCCCUCUGUCCCUCCCUCUGGCAGCCAUCUUUUUUCUGCCCGCGCGAGAUGAGACGUCCUGGGGGAGGAGAGGAUUUACAGUUGAACUUGUGACAGUUUAUGAGUAUGAGUUAUGAAUAUACUGUGUAAAUUAUGACUAGAUGUACCAGAAACCACCAAAACCCAACCAAGCAUUUAUAUUCACUAUCUAAUAAGGGAGGAAACGAGAGAGAGGAGUGUGAAGUUUAGCAGCUGAGAUUUUGGACACGUUUAGGGAUUACUGGGUAGGAAGUGUUGCGCUCGCUACCCGGACGUUGUUAAAGAUGUAGGGAGAUUUUCCCCCGACUGAAUUAAAGAGGGAAAAACAAUCAAGUUGGCUCAGUCCGAGAAGUUGACGACGAGAGAAACUUGAUAUCAAAAACAUGAAGCACCAAAGUGUAGAACUUUAGGCUUUUUACGUGUUUCUGUGUUUUCGUUUGUGUGCUUGUUUUCCGACACAACGGAAAUCGUGUUGUUGUGGGUUUGGGGAGGGAGGGAAGGGGCGUCUGAUUUGUUGUGUUUUUAGUGUCCUGUUCCUUUAUUUGCGUUCCUGUGAAUAACCGGAGCCUUUUUUGUUUGUUUGUGUUUUUUAUUUUAAUUUUUUCCGUCGUCGUCAGUCUGACUGAUUCUGUAUCGAGGCUCCUUUUUAAGCAGCUGAGUUUUUAAAAAGAGGGAUUUUAUUGUGCAAAAUUUCAAGCUAAACCCGUUGCGUGUUAACACGUUUCUGUUGCGUCUAUAUGCAGUGGAGGGAGAGAGUGGGCCGGGAAGAAAAAAAUUUAAAAAUGGCAUCUGCGUUUUGCAUGUUUUCGCCCGCCGCCGCCUCUCCCUCAUUAAUCCCUUCCCACCUUCUCUCCCCUGAUUUCUCUCUUCUUAAAACCAUUUUCUCUUUUAACCUUCCCUCCCACGAUGUUUCUCUGAUUUCUGCAAGGGCCUGGUUUGUUAUAAUCACUGUGUAAAUACAGUGUAUGUAUAGAUAUAUGUAGAAAAGUGUAAUAUAUGUACAUGUAUCUCAGAGACACUCAUCCUGUGCAUUUGGGCAUGGGAGCCACCCAUGACCUCUGUGACCCCCUCUAGUUUAGGAGCAGCAUUUUCCUCCGUAGUUCUCCUCCACCUUUAAAAUACUUCGGUAGCUCUUGAUCAUUCAUGGGGGGGAAAAAAAAAAACAACAUGAAUUUUGCACGCUCGUGUAGGCUGCCAGCUCUAGUCCCAUGGCCGUACGA